AUGGAGUCCAUUGAAGAAGACACGCUUCAUAUGCGCACCCUAUCCGCAGUCCUUGAGGCCAUUCGCCAUCGUCGCGACGCCAAUCUUCGAGAGUUCGCAAACGCCAUCGCGGACCUGUGUCUCACCGCCGAGCCUGGAACUCUUCUAGGCACUGUUUUCGAGACUCGCGAGGAGUUCGGCUCGUGGUACAGCUUCGUUCAAGACUUUGUAGAUACUCAGGGGGUCCCAGUGCCUGCGGGUUCAACGACGGCCGAUUUGGAGAGACUCGUCUCACUUUUUCAGCGAGACGAUUCACCUCCCAUUGCUGGGCCUUCAUCUCUGACACCUCGUCAACGCCGCGUCCGCUCGCUGUCCCUUAUUCCUUCUAUUGCCGUUGCUUCGCCUGGUCUUCCACCUUCCGCCCAUUCUCAGGAGGAGGAGGAGGAGGUUAUCGACGAGCUUGUUGACGAGGAAAUCUUGACUUUGUCUUUCUUGAACUUUGAGAUUUGUUCCUAA